AUGACGAGGGUGAGGAGCCAUCCCUGGACGAACGCUAUCACGAAUCCCCCGACAAAAGUUGACACCAGCUGGAUGAACUUGCCCACCUGAGACGCAGAGGAUGACGGGGAUCUUUCAGACCAGAAGAAUAUGAAUAAUAACCAGCUAGAAGAAGAAGACGAUUUAUAAUGGACCAUAACUCCACCUUCUCGCCCAUGGCGUCUUGGAUGAAGACCGUGUCUCCGGACAUCCUGCCCACGACUUCCCCCGUGUUCGUCUCCUUGUCGAAGAAGCCGAUCUCCUGUCUCAAGAUGGUCUUCAAGUACAGAUUCCUAAUCCUCGCUGCCUGCCUCUCGCCGGUGACCAUCCAGCAGGUCACCUCUGUCGCAGACAGACCCCGAGGAGGAAGAAGAAGAAGAAGAAAGAAACAGAGUCACCACCACGGCUGCAAGACGGAGAAGAUUAAGGAAGGGAGGGAGCUUACGGAGAAACGACGCGAGGCCGGCACCGAUGGCCAGGUAGACAAAUUGCAGAGCAACCUGCGGACAAAUCGAGCGAUAAGGGGCAGGGAAUGAUAGGAUAAUCAGCUGCGGGGGUGGUUUCCGUGCCCACCUUGGAGACCCUGUCGACGACGUCCUUAAUGUCCGGAGACUCCCCAAAGGAGUCCGUCAGGUUCCCGAACAGGAGGGUCAUCAGAGGCAUGGAAACGCCGUUCGCCAUAGCUCCGAUGGUCCCGAGAACCAUGAGAACUAUGUCCGUGGAAUCGGCAAAGGAGAAGAGCUUUCUGUAGGAGACGACCUUCGUGCCCUCAUCCUCCUUUCUAUGGUCCGAUCCUGGGCAGCCGCCGUCAGGGGCGGCGUUCUCCAGGCUGCUCCGGGUGGGCCCCACGUGCUUCUCGGUGAACCCCCCGUCUUCGUUCACUACCUUGCCGCCGAGCUCCCCAUCCUCAUGUCCUCCCAUCUUCGGCGAGCAAACUGCCGAGGAAGACUCACCUGGUUACCAACCGCCCUGGAGCUCUUCGUCCGCGGCGGCGGCGACUGUUUGCCGCCGCGUAGGAUGAGACCAGCCUGUGGGAGAGGGAGACCGAGCAAACAGGCUUAAGACACAGACAUCAACGUCGAUAUGAUGAGUGAGAUCCAGAGAAGGAAAUCCCAAGAGCCCCUUCGAGAGAAAUUAUGUGAACAUCAUUUUAUCCCAACAGAUCCGGAAAAAAAAACAAUCUCGGAUUCCCAUGAACAGCGAUGCAGAUCUCGGCACGCCAGGAGCAAAAGCGCACUUUCCGCCAUUAAAUCAAGCUCUGCUGAUCAAUCAAUACUGAGGGAAAAGAAGGAUCUACGCUGUCCAUUUGGAGGGACGGAGGCGGGGGCAUGUCGAUCAUCCCACCAACCCUCCACGUUCCCAAAAAAAAUGAGAGAAGAGUAGUCGAGAAAAGACGAAGACGACGACGACGACGACGAAGAAGAACAAGAGGAAAGGCGGAGAAACAGGAAGAACAAGAGGAACCCACCUUGCAGGCGGAGGAGAAGGGGCGACUCUGCAACGUACGACUCUCCCGAGGAAGUUAUAUUGUUUUCCUUUCCGGUGACUAAAUUCAUCGAGCAAAGCUCUGCCACGAAGCGGUGGAAAACAGCCUCUUUUGCGUGGGACGCAAGCAGCCAAGGAUCAGUCGCCACGUGGAGGGGGGCGUGGUCCUCGGAGCAACAUACACGAUGA